GAUACCAUAUUGACUCCUGAGAUUGUGGUACCCCACGUGGGUAACCUGCGGAAUGAUAUAAUUGAGGAAGUGCAUAGCACCAAGUACGGGGGACACCUGGGUAUCAAGAAAACCCGGUGGGCCUUAAGUGAUGUGUACUGGUGGCCUGGAUUGGGGACUGAGGUCCAACAAUUCGUGUCGCGUUGUGAUGCAUGCGCACGCAACAAGUCAGACACGAAAAAGCCUGGUGGUUUGCUUCAACCACUGGAGAUUCCAGACGAACCUUGGGAGAGUGUCUCACUGGAUUUCAUCACAGACCUCCCAAAAACACGCGACGGUCAUACUGCGAUCUUGGUCUUUGUGGAUCGAUUGACCAAAAUGGUGCACUUCGUUGCUACUACAACAGACGUAUCUGCGGAAGAUACGGCCAAGUUGUUUGUAGCACACGUGUUCCGCUUACACAGGUUGCUG